AUGGCCAUAAAACCGCACCAUCGUACACUCCAGUCGAGGUCUAUUCAGGCUUCUGUUCAGCACAACUCAAAUGAGAGACAACGAUCAUUUAAAAACCAGCUAUACGAGAGUACGCAACAACGGCUGAAGCGUGAACGUGCUGACCAGGAGCGGCACGCACAAUAUCAGAAGCAGUCACAGGGUAGCCGUUAUGCUGCGCUGAUGUUUGCAUUGGCUAUUUUCUCAACAGGAGGCUAUUUCCUAGGGUCCCUGAAACCGCCAAGCCUCCCAACUUCAUCAACGACACCUCUUUUUGACGUGGAACCUUUACAACACAACGUCUCUCAAUCGAACCUUCAAGCUGCUUGGACCGACUUCGUUCACAUUCUAGGAAAGGAAAAUGUCUCGACAGAUAAUGGUGACUUGGAGAUGCAUUCGGGUUCGGACUGGUCUUCGUAUACACGAAAAGAAAACGAGAAGCCUUUCCUUAUCCUCUACCCUUCAACCACCGAAGAAGUCUCACGUAUCAUGAAAAUCUGUCACCAAAGGAUCAUUCCGGUGACUCCCUAUUGCGGUGGAACCAGCCUGGAAGGGCAUUUUACACCCACACGAGGUGGGGUAUGCAUUGACUUCCGUCGCAUGGACCGAGUUUUGGAAGUUCAUAAAAAAGACCUUGAUGUUGUAGUGCAACCUGCUCUUGGAUGGGAGGAUUUAAACGAGCAGCUUUCUGCGGACGGCCUAUUUUUCCCACCUGAUCCCGGGCCCGGUGCUAUGAUCGGUGGCAUGGUAGGCACGGGCUGCUCAGGGACUAAUGCCUACAGAUAUGGGACGAUGCGAGAAUGGGUUCUCUCUUUAACCGUCGUGCUUGCGGAUGGGACCGUCGUAAAGACCAAGCAGCGACCACGGAAGUCAAGUGCCGGUUAUGAUCUCACCAGGCUUUUUAUCGGAAGCGAGGGAACACUUGGACUUGUAACUGAGGCUACUUUAAAGCUGACUGUCAAACCCAAGAGUCAAAGUGUCGCUGUUGCGAGUUUUCCAACUAUUCAAAGCGCAGCAAAGUGUGUCACCCGCGUUGUAGAGGAAGGUAUACCAGUUGCUGGCGUUGAAAUACUGGAUGACGUGCAAAUGAGGUGCAUUAACGACAGCCACGCCACUAGCCGCCAAUGGAAAGAAUCGCCUACGCUAUUCUUCAAGUUCACGGGAACACCUGUUGGUGUCAAGGAGCAGAUAAGCCUGGUACAAAAGAUCGUAUCCAAGACUGCAGGCGAAUCGUUCGAAUUUGCUCGCGGCGAAGAGGAGAUGCAACUGCUAUGGAGUGCCCGGAAAGAGGCUCUCUGGAGUGUAAUGUCAAUGAGAAGAGGCCCUGAAGACCAUGUUUGGACGACUGACGUGGCAGUUCCAAUGAGCAAACUGCCAGAUAUUAUUGAAGCAACGAAAAAGGACAUGACUCAGAGUGGACUGUUAGCAGGAAUAUGUGGCCAUGUGGGAGAUGGUAAUUUCCAUGCAAUUAUCCUCUUCAAUGAGAACGAAAGGGAAAGUGCAGAGGCUGUUGUUCAUCGAAUGGUGAAGCGAGCGGUGGAUUUGGAGGGCACUGUAACAGGUGAGCAUGGCGUCGGUCUCAUUAAACGGGACUACCUUGAACAUGAAGUUGGAGAGUCUACGGUUGAUGCUAUGCGCCGGUUAAAAUUAGCUUUCGACCCCCUUUGCUUGCUCAAUUGCGACAAGGUUGUUAGGAUAGAGCAUCCAACACUAGGGGAAGUUAAAGAGUGGUGA